UGCGCGGUCACGUGUUUUGUCGGGCUCUUUCAAAUGUAACACAGUCAGGAAGUGAUCUUUUUUCGAAGGGACUCUGCUAAUUUGUGCCAGAUGUGUCGUGUUUGCCGGUCAGAUUAUGCAUAACAAAGAUGUGUGCGUGUAAACAGCGCCACACCUUCAGAUGAGGACGCUGAUCUUCGUCGCUUGGCUGUUGUUUUACGUGUCUUUUUUACUGGGAAUGAGAAAGAUGUGGACUGGAAAGUAUGUUCGCAGUCCGCUGGCUCGAGCUCUGAUCAUGAACAUGGGGAGCGAGACUGACUCACCUGGAUCACCUGGAUCUGAAGCCCAGCAGUGGUACCGCUGCAGUCCGGAGAUGCUCGGAGAACAGGUCCGGUCUCAGUUCAUUCAGAGUCAUCUAGAUGAGGACACGCAGGCUUUCCUCCGCCGAAGCAUGGAGAAAUCCGGCUGGCUCUUCACGCAGCUCUACCACUCGCUCUUCUCCACCAUCUUCAGCCCCAUCGUGUCUCGAACCUCCAUCAACGGCUUUCUGGGCCGCGGCUCCAUGUUUGUGUUCUCCAAGGAGCAGUUUCAGCGUCUUCUCCGGAUCGAGCCGGAGUGGAAAGGGCAGAGGAUGCUGGAUCUGGGAGCCGGUGACGGAGGCGUGACUGAAGUGAUGGGCCGUCACUUUCAUGAGGUGUUUGCCACCGAAGUCUCCACGCCGAUGAAGUGGCAUCUCCAGAGAAAGAACUACAGCCUGCUGGGCAUCGAUGAGUGGCACCGAACGGGCUUCCAGUACGAUCUGAUCAGCUGCCUGAACCUGCUGGACCGCUGCGACGAGCCGCUGCAGCUGCUGCAGGACAUCAGGAGAUCACUGGUGCCGCACACGGGACGCCUCGUCUUAGCCGCGGUGCUGCCCUUUCAGCCGUAUGUAGAGACGGGCGGGGCCUGGGUGCGACCCAAGGAACACAUCAAGGUGCAGGGCAAGACGUGGGAGGAGCAGGUGACUCACCUGAGCACAGACGUGUUCCUGAAGGUGGGCUUGGAGGUGGAGGCCGUCACGCGUCUGCCGUAUCUGUGUGAAGGGGACAUGUACAAGGACUACUACAUGCUGGACGACGCCGUCUUCGUGCUGAAACCUCAGGAAUGAAAGGGCUUCGUGUCAGAUGAAUGAUGCUUCUCGUCUGUUACGUCUCAGGAAAAUGAAAGCUUUGAGAGACAAAUGAUUAUAUCUUAUUGCAACUAUUGAACAGUAGAGUAAUUGUACUACAAGAGUAGCACAGCUGUGUGAGGGGUUCUCUGUGGGGGAAAUCUAAAUAUAUAUAUAUAUAUCUAAUAGAACAUAUUAGUUUGGUCAACCGAGAGGUAGCUAUUAAACUCAAAAUCUCCUUCUGUGCCUCCCUUUAUGUUUUCUGCAUCUGUAGUGAGUUUCUCAUGGGAUGUAUGAGAAAUAUCUUAGGACCAAUGUUUUUUUUUUAAUGAAUAAGUAAAAUGCUGAUGUGCACAACACAAAACAUCUCAAGAUACUUGUAUGUAGAUAAUAGUUAAUCACGGGAUGUGAUGUUCUGUUUGUAGACAGAUUUUUAAUGUUUUAAAUCAAGUAUUGUCCUGUAUUAAAUCUGUUUACUGUGCGAUAAA